GCCGCCGCCACCGCCGGGAAGGCAGCGGGCGCCGAGCAAGUUGCGAGCGCGCCUCUCCGCCCGGGGGAAAGUUUACCCCGCGGCCGCCGACGCGAGUUGGCGCGGGGUCCGGCCGCUGCGGCUGGAAGAGUUUAUCCAGAAGCCACCAUCAGAAAGAGACCUCAGGAGAAUCUUGACACCCCAGACGGGAGCAGACACCAGUUGAAAAAGGUGGGCAUCUCCGUGACAGCCGGGGCUUGCAGAGACCAGACCUUCCGAAACUGUCAUCAAAGCAACGUGAACCCUUUGCAUCUGAACUCCUAAAAACGUUGGGCACAAUCUUUUUCCAGACUUCUCAACACCGGCUACCCAGGACAAGCUGGCCCAAUAAGGGAGACUGACCAGGAGACGCUGUCCUGCUGACGUCGGAAGAACUGUCCAGGAGAAAAGGGGAUCACCAUGGAAGGAGACUGUCUGAGCUGCAUGAAGUAUCUGAUGUUUGUGUUCAAUUUCUUCAUAUUUCUGGGCGGAGCCUGCUUGCUGGGCAUCGGCAUCUGGGUCAUGGUGGACCCCACCGGCUUCCGGGAGAUUGUGGCCGCCAACCCCCUGCUCAUCACGGGCGCCUACAUCCUCCUGGCCAUGGGGGGCCUGCUGUUUCUGCUCGGCUUCCUGGGCUGCUGCGGGGCCGUCCGGGAGAACAAGUGUCUGCUGCUGUUUUUCUUCUUGUUCAUCCUGAUCAUCUUCUUGGCAGAGCUCUCAGCAGCCAUCCUGGCCUUCAUCUUCAGGGAAAAUCUCACCCGUGAAUUCUUCACCAAGGAGCUCGCCAAGCAUUACCAGGGCAACAAUGACACAGACGUCUUCUCCGCCACCUGGAACUCCGUCAUGAUCACAUUUGGUUGCUGUGGAGUCAACGGGCCCGAAGACUUUAAGUAUGCAUCAGUGUUCCGACUCCUGACUUUGGACAGUGAUGAGGUGCCGGAGGCCUGCUGCCGGAGAGAACCCCAGAGUCGGGACGGGGUCCUGCUGAGCAGAGAGGAAUGCCUCCUGGGAAGGGAUCUGUUCCUGAACAAGCAGGGCUGUUACACAGUGAUCCUCAACGCCUUUGAGACUUACGUCUACCUGGCCGGGGCCCUGGCCAUAGGGGUGCUGGCCAUCGAGCUUUUUGCCAUGAUCUUUGCCAUGUGCCUCUUCCGGGGCAUCCAGUAGAGGGUGUGGCCUGAGGCUUGAAGACUCACCCCGCCCACCACUGCCCAGCACCCAACGCCCUCCCCUCCCCCACACCCCUGCCCUCUUGGCCCCGGGGGAGGAGGUGAGGCCAUCCUGAGUGGCCAGGAAAAAGGGGCAGAGGAAAAUAGCUAUUUUUUUAACAAAACAAAAUGAAGACAAAACUAUGGACUGAUACAGCCCGUCUGGACUGGAGUGGGCACCGCAGGUUCACUGCAUGGACCCGGGCACACCCAGGAGGGAGUCUGCACUGGAGACCAAAGCAACAGCAGGCCCAGGCCGCCUCCUCGGCCCAACCAGAUCCGGCAGCCGGGGACCUGGGCCCUCGGCUCGCAGCUUCAGGAGUGGGUGCCAAGAACGUAAGGAUGUAGGCAAAUGAAGCAAAAGAAGAUGUUGGAGGAAGCCUGGCGAAGCCCAGGGGGCCCCCGGGAGACCUGGUCACCACGUCCUUGAGGAUUUGAAACCUACUCGGAUUCUCUGGUCCCCCAAGGAUGGAGUUGUCCUGCCUCAGGCUGGGGCCAAGAGUAGGAUCCAGACACUGGAUCCAAGAAUGGCCUGGCUGGUAGGGUCCACGCUUCCCCAUCUGUCAGACUGAAUAACCUGGAAAGCCCAGAGAGGAGCAGUUUCUCAUCCACAGUCACACAGCACAUGCAUGACCGUUCUGAACAAGAACCCCGUCACCCCGAGGCUGCCUGUCACUCCUCCCAAGGGUCUGCUGGUCCCAGCAGAUCUGCCGCUCUCACGGCUCCCUGGCCUCCGCAUCCUGGUUUCCCAGAAGAGAGAGGGCAAGCUGGUCAGGAGUGGCCUCCUCCCAGCUCCACAGCUAAGAACGUUCUCCACCCCCUGCCCACCUCCCCACACUUCUCUAAGUCCCAGGAACACACACACACCACAGCCCCUUUCCCACACUGCCCACCUUUCCUCACAAGCCCCUCUCUGGCUCCCAGGGCAGGAAGGAACCCCCUGGAUCAUCUGGCUCACCUCUCCUCACUCAGAAUUGCCGCUUGGAUGCCUUCUGCAUGAUCCCUGCCAAGACUUCUCCAUCUUCUUCUCACACACCUCCAAGGUCAGGGAGCUCACUACCUCCCAAGACAGGCUUCUCUUUGGACCGCUCUGACGUCAGCAUCAGCUCAGUACACGCGAGAGGUUUCUGCUUUCCUGUGGUUCUGUCCAUGUCACUCCGUGUGCUCUCUCUCUCUGUCCCCAAGUGUGAAGGCCACACAUUGUCCCCCCCCCCCCCCGAGCCCCUUUGCCCUCAGGCUAAAGACCCCCAGAGCACCUGUCAGUUUUGCUCUGCCAUGGCUUUCUGGUCCCCUCACCGUCUGUAGCACACACUUCUGAGUGUUUCCUCUAGGAUCUGGCAGGGGGAGGUUUCCUCACAGACUCACCCACACCUACACAGCACCCACAGAUCAGCCCCUUAUAUGUGCAGGUCUCGAAUUCCAGACCAGUGUUGGCAAGUGCACUGCAAGAUGUCUCGACCCUGACCAGUCAGGAGUGGCAGCUGGGCAGAGGAUCUGAGCUCUGGUCUGGGCUCAGUGGGCAAGGGACAGUGUGAUCUUGAUUAGUGAUGUCUGCCAAGCAACUCGGGCUGGAUUGGUGAUGUCUGCCACAGGCAUGGGCGUGGAAGGGGCGGUAUGUUACCCGCUCUCCUCCUAUCAUUGUCCGUCUUUGGGGUCUGGGAAGGACCCAUUCUGUCUCACAGGCCCUAAGCCAGCUUCCAGCCUCCCCUCCAGCCUUCCAGCCGCCAGGAGACGGAGCAGCGGCCUAGAGCUUGUGCUCCCCUGCUCUGCCACCUGACCCUCCUGACCACCAGAGCUCUCUCUGGUCUGGAUCUUUCCACAGUGCUCCUGUAUCAGGCUGCCCUGGCACCUCCAUAAAUGAUGUUACAAACUCCCUAGUGACCCGGCAUCCCCAGGACCCCAGAGGCCAUGCAACUGGUACUCCUGCCGGGUCUCUAGACCCACCCGUAAGUUGGCUUCAACUUCCUGCAAAGGGCUGGUAUGAGGUGGACAAAAUAAAGCAAGCUGAUUAAGCAGGGGUUAGGGUCAAUUUGGGCAACUGUGUGGCUUCAGUGUAGGGGUGCCCUAGGCAUCAAGGCCCCAUCCAGUCCCCACUGCCCAGAUUUUGGGGCCUUCAAGGUAAGAACCACCAGGCAUCAGACACCACCUCCCACCCCACCUCCCCAGGCCCCUGAGAUGAAAGGCUGGCCGUGGAGGAACAUCUGGGGGAGAUGGGUUUGAAGGCGGAUGUGAGAGUCUCUCAUCACCAAGGGCUUUCCAGAAAGGGUCAAGGAGCCCGGAUCUGCCACCACUGACUACAUUCUGGGGCUGGAAAGGGGAAGCAGGCCUCUGCUCUAUAGCAUUAAUGCAGGCUGGUAGCUAUUUGCAAGGCUGUCUGCGACCAUUCUGAACAGGCCUGAGAAGGCUAAGCCCAGCCCCAACAGCUCUCGAUGGGUGCAGAUGGCAAUUUGGGGGCCGCUGGGGAGGGGGUGGGGCUUCCUAGGUGGCACUGAUGGUAACAAAGCUGCUGGCCAAUGCAGGAGAUGUAAGAGACGUGGGUUUGAUCCCUGGGUUGAGAAGAUUCCCUGGAGGAGGGCAUGGCAACCCACUCCAGUAUUCUUGUCUGGAGAAUCCCAUGGACAGAGGAGCCUGGCUGGCUGUAAUCUGUAGGGUCAUAGAAUCAGGACACGACUUAGGCAAAUUAGCAUGCACACACGGGGUGGGGCGGGGCAGGGCAUGGAGUCUCUUAGCUGAGACUUCCUGAGCCUGAAAAUAGACCAGGAACCAGGGAGACCUUGCACUUGGUCACAUACCGCACGCAGUACUGAAAAGGCCACCUUCCUGCUUAGGGGCCGGGGGCUGGGACCCUGCCCAGCAUCCCACAUCCCCCCUCUCUCCUCUCCACGCCUAAGGAGCCCAGAAAGGACCCUCCAAGCCAGCUGAGGCCCCAGUCCCCCAUCUCCCUAGAAGCCCCCUCGUCCCUUCCCUGGUGGGUCCUAUCUGUUGAAAGUCUAUUUUGGAAACUGUACAUGUUGCCUGCCGUAGGUAGCAGAGCUAAUUUAUCAUGUUUAUCCCCUGUGAGCCUCCCUUUUUUAUAUUAUAUAUCAAGAGGAGUUUUUGUAAUAUAAAACAGGACGCCCACACUGACGGUU